CUCUGCUUCUUCUUCUUCCUUCAUUUUCCCUUCUUGGGCUCUGCAACUUUCUUCUUCAAUCCCUUCUGUGUUGGGGCCAUUUCCUUCGGUCUGUGUCUGGUUCGCUAACUUCAUGAAAGCUUGCGUUAGGUGGAAUUAAUGGGGAAGUACAUGAGGAAAACCAAGUCAUUAGGCGAAGUUGCAGUCAUGGAGGUUUCACAGUCCUCUCUUGGGGUUUUGACUAGGGCUAAGACUCUAGCCUUGCGUCGUCUCCAACAAUCUCCGACGCCGUCGCCGUCGCCGUCUCCGGUUGCUUCUGGUUCUUAUCUUCAGCUUAGGAGCCGUAGGCUUGAGAAGCCACCGGUUGUAUUUUCUGGCCAUGAAUCGAAGAGGCAGAAGCAAAGCCCUAAAGAGGGCUGCACGAGAAACCCUAGCCCUAGGGUCAGUUCUAGUUUGAGGCCGGCCAUGCCGGAAAAGUCGGUCUCGCUUGGCCGUGUUAAUGAAGAGGGGGAUCACACGGCGGAGGAGGAGGCGGCGGCGGCGGCAGAGGAAUCCGUCGGGAAAUUUGAUGAAAUUCAUGCCAGUGGAAGUAAGAAUGAGAAUAUUGAUUUGGUCAUUGAAGAGGCCUCGUUUGGUGAAAAUAAUUUGGAUUUUGAGAGCAGAGAGAGGAGUACUAGGGAAUCUACUCCUUCCAGUUUGAUAAGGAAUCCUGAUAUCAUCAGAACACCCAGUUCUACAACCAGGCCAACAUCCAGCAUGAUCGAAACUAACCGUAGAAAUCUGUACUCAUCUAAUCGACACAUACCGACAGCUAGUGAAAUGGACGAGUUUUUUGCUCUUGCUGAAGAGAAGCAGCAGCGACACUUCAUUGAGAAGUACAACUUCGAUCCCGUGAAUGAUACGCCGCUUCCAGGCCGUUACGAAUGGGAGAAGUUGCAACCAUAGAAGAUUAUAGCGUGUCGUUCCAUCAGGACUUCUUUCCUGCUUAUUUUCAGUAUAUCUCGGGUUCGGGUUUUCAAAAGUAGCAGGAAGGAAUUAGUCUAACUUCAAAGGGUGGCGGUGGUAUUUCCUUUUUCCAUCAUCCUUGUUAACUUGUAAAGGAGUCGUAAGACCCCUCUCAAAACCCCCCCAAAAAAUGAAACUCCAUAGAAGUGUAGACUAAUGUUCUGUAACAUAACAGAGGUUAUGAUUUACACACUAAAUACCCAUUAGAGUCCAUUGUCUAGCCAUGUUACUGAGAGGGGAAGGUAAGAGGGUCUGUAGUUUAGUUGUAGGGUUAGUAAGAUAGUUUAGGCAGCUAGGAAACUCUGUGGUACAGAUAAAUUUACUUAGGAUAUUUUUCUUUUAUCUUCCCCACUUUGUAGUGUACUGCACUCUCCUCCACUCCUCUUUGUCUAUACUAGUAAUAAAAGCUAACCCGUUGUCUCUCUCCAUCA